GUUGAAAACAUUGAGUCUGAUCAGCAAUAAAAUCACAAAACAUGAGUUGUACAUAGUGCUACUACAGCUUUCAUUUUAAGGUCAUUCAUUGCUUAUCUCAUUGUCUCUAGUAUGAAGUGUCCUGCUUGUCUUAAAGAAGUCUACUUUGCUGAACGAGUCUGCUCACUUGGUCAAGAUUGGCAUCGGCAAUGUUUGAAAUGUGAGAAGUGCAAGAAAACACUAACUCCAGGUUCUCACUGUGAACAUCAAGGCAAACCUUAUUGUCAGAAUCCCUGUUACAAGGUUUUAUUUGGUCCAAAAGGUUAUGGGACGGUGGCCAGCAGUCACAUCUACAAAUAAAUAACACAUUCACAAAAUAGACAAUCAUAAUGCUUUGUUUUUAAAGAUCACGUAACAACCUUAAGAGACUGUUUAUAUAUUUUUUGAAUGCUAUACCAUGAUAUCUUUUUUAAUUUUGUUUGUAUGAAGUUUUGUGACAAGAUUGAAUCUUAGAAUUUG